AUGGAUUACGAGAGCAUACUCUUUGGUCUGCAGCCGUUGCUCAAUGCUGAGGAAUUAGAGGACUUACCAGUGCAGGAUGUUUAUUUGAACAGCUACUUAACUGUACUAGAUCAAUUGGCCGUAUCGUUACGUACACCUUCCAAUAGGACUAUCGUCGGUUCGAGUGGCCUUUUGACAAACCUGGUGCGUGUACUAAAUUGUAUACUAGAUACAUGGUUCCAUAAACACGAUGAUAAUAAGGCUUGGCCAAGGCUAGCUUCAGAAUUGAUAAGAUGUGUUGCUAAUAGUCUUGUCGAUGACGACAAUAACAGGCAGUUCUACAUGAGCAAUGAGCCUUUAGAGAAGAGGAGAGAGUUUCUAGACUACUACGUUGACCAGAUUUUUAAGCUGACUGACACCGAGGAUGACCAAUUGGUAGCAACAUUGCAGAUGAGAACCGUUGUACUUGUUAAGAAUUUAUGUCUUGACAAUUCGAUGUACUUUAGAAGAUUUGGUCAAUUUAUUCGGUCCCCAUUGCUUGGUCUUUUAGCUGACACGCAGCAUACUUAUUUACAUGAUUCUGACUUGGCGAUUCUUGGGUCAGAGCUUCUUACUGACUUCAUCGAGAAUUACGUCGAGGGCCUUUCAAUACAAGACUUAUUGUUCUUUGCACAGUUCAUUCAAAGAGUAUCCAAAACAAUAGUUAACCAAGAGGGGCAAGAAGUAGAGGAUACAAACGAUGAAGAAGACGACCCUAGUGUCGAGAUCAUAAACUAUUUGACACAAUCACUUGAGAUUAUCACCAAAAACUAUGAUGACUCGAAAGUUUUCUACACUGAGUCACAUAUCGUCUCUCAGAUACAAAACAAUUUGCUAGAUUCUCUGGAUCAUUUGAGCCCAAAAACGUUUUGCAACAAAUUGAUUGUCAUGAGGAGAAUCACAACAGCCAUUGGCUAUAUAUCGGCCAAUACUGCAAAUUCCAACAAGCAAGAGCGUGAUAUGUGCUUUCACAUUGUGCAAAAUUCGACAAACGGUUAUACGUAUGCUGCGGCCCUGAUUAUAUUAUCGAACUCCAUAUCAGGAAGGGAAGACGUGAAUGAAAUUUUGCAAAAGGUCUCACUCGACCAAUUUCUCACGUUGGGCCCACUUAUGAUUGACCCAAUACAAUUUCAGGGCUAUCUCGACAUUGCAAAGAAGUUAAUGACACUCGACAGUGCCAUGUUCUUAUCGCGAGACUCUUUGUUGAAAUUAUCCGCUAUUCUUAAGACCUGUCAUGAUCAAUCCAAAUACUUCAACGAGUUAUCACCGCUGAUAGAUAAUCUACUGAAGAAACUGGUUACAGUACUACCUAGCUCGUCCCUUCAAAAAGUUUUGCAAGAAGGUCCACUCUUAGAAGUACUGACCGAUCGCGACAGUCUUCUCUCAUGCCUCACCCUUGACAAACUUCUCGUGGCAACCACCAAAUCCCUCAGCCCAGUUUUAAGCAAACUAUGGACAGCUGCAUUCAAAUUUCAGGAUAGUGCUGGCACAGCUGCCAUGGAAAAUCAACUCAACGUAUCGGUGUUCUAUUUAUUCCAGCUGGCGAAGACAUGCGGAAUUUACCUGAGAGACCACCCUGAUAUCAAAGAAAAUUAUGUAUUGAGCAAUCACCUAGUAGAUCUACGAUCACUGCUCGAGGCUAUCCAUACAUUGAAGGGCAAAAAAGACAGGGCUAGCGAAAGUGCUUUUAACAACGGCAAAUUUGUCGCCAGCAUGGUAUACAAGACUUUGGAAAAUGCGGAUUCAUUGAAUGAAAGGCAAAACGACCUCAAGCUACUCGUAAAGUCCUUCUUUGAUUGA